GGCAUCUUCGGUCUGUGUUUCUCUAUAUCUCCUUUUCAUUCACUCUCUCUCCCUCGCUGCCUUCACCUUAACUGUUAGCUGCUGAUUGUUUGGCUUUCUAUCUUCAAUAUAUAUCUCCUUAAUAUUCUCUCCUUUUCUCUUUUCUCCACAUCUCUACUGUUCUUGGGUGGAUUGGAUCAUCCUUUCCGACGCUUCUAUCUAAUUUCCCGGCCAAAUUCGUAUCCGAUAUGGAUCUCUUUGCUGUAAAUGUCAAGAACACCGCCACUCCCCCACCGCCCUUCUCACUCAAACACUCCUUUCCCGACAGACCCAUUUCUUGCUCUUUGGCGAAGCCCUCGAGGAGAUUUUCUUGUUCACAUCCCUUUGGCGCUCAACUUCUCCGCCUGCUUGAGAUCCGAGUAUUCAGGCCCAGGAUUUGCUCUCCCGUUUCUGUCUCUCGCUCCUUUCUGGUGAGAGCGAUUGCGAAAAAGAAUCAAGACAAUUCUCCGUCUCCUGGCUCAAACUUAAUCAAUGCUAGUCAGAAGACAUACACACCACCCUCAAGGCUGCAGGUGUGCGCAUCCACAAAGAUUGUAUUGAGUGCUUCACGGCAUGCUCCCCAAUUCGUAACUAUAUACUAUGAAAAUGGAGAUCACUCAGUUCCUGGAGACGACGCUAAAUCAAACAAUAUUUCUGAUGGCAGCAAAAGUAAUGAAACUUCUUCCAAGAAAGCACAUCAUAUUAAUUUGGACUGGCGAGAAUUCAGAGCAAACUUAUUCUCACGCGAGCAGGCAGAAAAGGUCGAAGCUGACAUGGACGUCCAGAGUGAAAAUGCUCACGAGUCUAAGACUCUCGGCCUGAAGUGGGCACAUCCUAUUCCUGUACCUGAGACUGGCUGUGUCCUUGUUGCCACAGAGAAGUUGGACGGUGUUCGCACUUUUGAGCGAACAGUCAUCCUUCUCCUCAGAUCUGGAAGCAGACAUCCUCAGGAGGGGCCAUUCGGGGUUGUGAUUAACCGCCCACUCCACAAAAAGAUCAAGCACAUGAAACCAACCAAUCUUGACUUAGCAACUACAUUUUCUGAUUGCUCACUACACUUUGGGGGGCCUCUUGAGGCGAGCAUGUUUUUGCUGAAAACAGGAGAAAAAUCAAAACUACAUGGGUUUGAAGAAGUGAUCCCAGGCCUCUGCUUUGGCGCUCGAAACAGCCUCGAUGAAGCUGCAGUGCUGGUGAAGAAGGGAAUCCUUAAACCUCAGGACUUCAGAUUCUUUGUGGGUUAUGCUGGGUGGCAACUGGAUCAAUUGAGGGAGGAAAUUGAAUCAGAUUACUGGUAUGUGGCAGCUUGUAGCUCAAAUCUAAUCUGUGGAGGCGCAUCAGAUUCCUCAUCAGAGGGACUGUGGGAGGAGAUAUUGCAAUUGAUGGGCGGGGACUAUUCAGAGUUGAGCAGAAAGCCUAAGCAAGAUAUGUAGUUUUCUAUAUGAAGGAACAUUAAAAAUCUCUGAAGCUGAAGGUGUAAUCAAAGUUGAAGCCAUAAAAGCUGAAAGCCAAAUGUACAGAAGUUAGAUGGCUUUUGAAAUUUAGCAGACGUCAUCUUUCUUUAAGGACAACAACGAUCUCUUAUAAUACCUACUUAUAAAUGUAAUUUAUGUAGACAGUAUUGUGUUGUGUUCACAUUUGCUUGAUUGAUUCAAAAUAGCUUUAGAAUGUGUUUAUGUCUGAUAUUAAUUCAAACUUUUACCGUACGGCUCAUGGCCAGGGCUGCCAA